GGACAUGAACAUGUCAAGAUCUUUGGAUAGAUUUCUAUACGCCUCUGUGCUGAUAUUUUAUUGUUUUAAAUUUGUAUCCAUCUAUGGAAAACCUCAAAACUUGAUUUCUUCAUGUGAAACUAAGCUGAUGGUCCAGAGAGGCAUGGGAUGGAAAGCCGCCCCAUGGCAAAAUCUGACAGUCAGCUGUACUGUCAAACUCUGUGGAGAGUCGCUCAAUGUCUCCUGGUGUAAACUAACUGACACAAUUCAUUGUCAACGAAUAAACAACAGAAGGAAUGUGGAAAUAACACAGACCGACAAUGAUGUCAAGGAACUGACAUCUUUUUUGACUUUCAAAUGGAUUUCCACUCGCGAUGAUGGCCUGUACAGAUGUGAUUUGAAAGAAUACAAAUAUGAGCUGAUAAGUCAUACCAUCAACAUCUCAGUUUCAGACAUAUACCAUGGGGUUGAAAGCUCUGACAAUGGUGCAGAUGACAAGUCACAAAGUGUUGUUUAUGACGUUGAUAAGGCCACUUCCUGGCUGCCUUAUUUUGUCAUCGUCAUCAGCAUAUCUUUUCUGGUCCUCUCACUGACAGCUAUAACUUUCUCAUGUUUUUAUGCCUGGAAACGAAUUCUGACCAACAACCCCACAAAGGCGCAAGAAAUAUCCAUUCAUACGCUACCCGAGGACUCUAAGGGGAGUGUUCCUUCCACUUCUGCCAUGCACCACUCUCCAACUAAUGCAGGCACACCACCUUCCCUGAUGACCAAUGGAAACCAGCCUACUGUGGCACAUACAGCAGAUAACAGUCAAGUGUCAGACCAUGCAGUGUAUGCCGCCAUCAACCAUAAACAGUCCCGGAUGCCUGCCAGAGAGCAGAGGACCUCGACUAAGCAUGACAAUCCGGAGUACGCCUCCAUCAAUGUGUCUUGAACAUUUUUGAUUGGUCAUGGACUCGUACAGAUGAAAAUGUUGGUUGAAAAAUGUACAGUACACA